GUGAGUACCCAUCACUGUAAACGUUUCGUUUAGUUCAUUUGCAGUGCAAGCUUUCACUAGAAAGCGCGGCUAUGGCGGCUGACAUUGUUCCACUUCUCAACGACUGUGACGACAAUGAUAGCAAGCAAAGAGGAACGUUUGUUUACUUGGUUAAGGAGUUCGGAUACGAGUCGAAGAGAUUAUGGCAUAUUGCCGGGCCGGCAAUUUUCACCGCAAUUUGUCAGUAUUCAUUGGGAGCCCUCACCCAGACAUUUACCGGCCAACUUACCGAACUAGACCUUCCUGCAGUAUCUGUCGAGAACUCUGUUAUAGCUGGGCUUGGUUUCGGUGUUACGUUGGGAAUGGGGAGCGCAUUGGAGACUUUAUGUGGUCAAGCAUAUGGUGCUGGGCGGCUAAGGAUGCUGGGCGUUUACAUGCAGAGAUCAUGGAUCAUUCUAGUGAUUACAUCAUGUUUAAUCUCUCCCAUUUACAUUUGGUCUCCUCCAAUUCUUAAACUGUUUGAGGAAACCACUGAAAUCUCCGAUGCUGCAGGUAAGUUUGCUCUAUGGAUGAUGCCACAGUUAUUUGCUUAUGCUAUGAACUUCCCCAUACAAAAGUUCUUACAAGCUCAGAGCAAAGUUUUGGUGAUGGCUUGGGUCUCAGCACUGGUGUUGGUCCUUCAUGCCUUUUUCAGCUGGCUGCUGAUACUUAAGCUCGAUUGGGGCUUGAUCGGUGCUGCUGUAACUUUGAACGUAUCGUGGUGGCUCAUAGUUAUUGGACAGUUGCUGUACAUUUUUAUUACAAAGUCGGAUGGUGCUUGGUCUGGUUUCUCAAGGCUAGCAUUUGCGGAUCUAUUCGGUUUUGUCAAGCUUUCUUUGGCUUCUGCUAUUAUGUUAUGUCAUUUGUUGAAAAUGUGGUGCAGCUUGGAGUUUUGGUAUUUAAUGGUGCUGAUAGUCAUAACAGGUCUCCUGCCAAACCCUCUGAUAGCAGUUGAUGCCAUUUCCAUUUGCAUGAACAUAAAUGGAUGGGAUGCAAUGAUUGCACUUGGGUUCAAUGCAGCUAUAAGUGUGAGAGUAUCAAAUGAACUUGGAGCUGGAAACGCUCGGCUUGCCAAAUUUUCAGUGCUGGUUGUUUCGAUGACAUCCGUGAUCAUCGGGAUCGUUUGCAUGAUUGUGGUGUAUGCGACCAGAGGUUACUUCCCGUACCUCUUCACCAGCAGUAAUGCAGUUGCCAAAGAAACUACUAAGCUAGCUCUAUUGUUGGGAUUUACUGUCCUCUUAAACAGCCUCCAACCGGUCUUAUCCGGGCAUUUGGUCAGGCAUGAUUGCGGGUAUUGUUCUGCAAACUGAAGUAUAAUUGGAAUAUAACUGGAGUAUAACUGGAGUAUGUCAGAAUAAGAAAAAAAAAAGAAGAAGUCCCUUAAGAA